GACGCCGGUCAGUACGCAGUUCGCAGAGGCAUUUACUUUUGUCUGGUUUCAGUUCUAGCUUAAUUUAUUUGCAUCAUGUGUUUGUUUCGGUGCACUGCCGGAGCUGUCGUGAACAACAGGCCAGGGAACGAAACCCGAGCUGCCGGCCCCGUUCCCGUCUGAUUUUAUGCAGAGCAAGGCCUUAUGUUUCAGCAUGCAUAUGGGGUUAUCGGCUUACGAGGACAAAGCCAAGGCCCCAAGCCCACCAAGACCGCUCAAGCCCUGCACGAGCUUCAGGGAUGCACUAGGCCAAUCUAGCAAUCUCUUACAACUUUGCUUGUCCUCCCUGAUUUUGCUAGGUUACGUCCCAAAAAGCAACCAGCGCUGCUGAUUCAUGAUCCGUUGGUUGGGCCCAGCAGCCAACAAUCAAAUCGAUGUUUGUUCUUAUGAUCGCCAAUAUACUUUGACAGCAUAAAAUGACAUGCAAGGCUCUUCACGAUGACAUUGCGCAUACGUUAAGAAUAUAUCAUUCGUUUGGCUUCACACUUGCACCAAUGUGUUGGGCAUGUUAUUUAGGCUCUAUUGCAGCACUCUGAAAUGGCUUAAGGGCCCACAGAACGCGUGCGGCACGGGAAGAUGGCCAUGAACGCUUUGUUGCUGUUGCUCGGGCUGGCAGCAGCUUUCAGUGUCGACACGGGGUCGUGGCCAAACAUGACGGUGGCGCAGAUGAGCGAGUGGUUCUGGGGUCCAUCCGCAGCACGACUGCCCGGGAAGGACUUCGUUGACGCCGUCCAGACCGCACAACUCCGAGUGUACGACAGCCAGGGGCAGGAGCGCAAGAUCUCCAUCCUGUCAAUCGCCAGCGAGUUCUCAUUCAUGGGCGACGGCAUGUGGCAGCUGUUCCUGCAGAGCCUGCAGAACAUCACCUUUGCGCACCGUGACGGACGGCAGGACCAUCUGGCGGCGCACCUGGUCGCCACCGUCAUGACACUGCCCAACGGCACCGCGGACAACUGCACGCACGUGUCACAGCCCUACGGCGCGCGCUGCGUCCCCAUCACCUGCCCCAUGUUCACACAUGAGAACUAUGGCUACAAAAGCCCGCCUUUCUAUGCGCUGAGCUUCGCCAAGACGCUGACCAUACUUGACGCGCUCACACUUGGACUGGACGUAUUUUUCCUGGACGCAGACCAGGUGUUCUUCCGCAACCCGCUGCCGUACUUCAUGGCGCGGCCACACAUCGACAUCAUGGUUUCGGGGGAUUGCCAGAAGCGGGAUGACACGGUGCCGCAGGACCGCUUCCCUCCCAUUGGAUCCAACAUUGGUGUGCUGUACCUGCGCGCGCGGCCCAUAGUGACGCGAGCGAUAACCAACUGGCUCGCAUGGCUGGUGAACCUCGCUCUUAGCAACCGGCCCAGCCUGGACCAGAGCACCUUCAAUGAAGCCAUCAACUGGAUGGCCAUAGACCUGGGGGCGAAGACCCUGUCGGUUGCCAUGCUGCUGGGCGAGACGUUCAGCUACUGGUGCAUGGGGCAAUGCGGCUGCGACACGACCGGCGUGCAGUUUGGAGAGCGCGGGCGGUCGCACAUGCGCGGGCCCGACGGCAUGUGCCCGGUCGCCACGGUACGGGAGUGGGUCAGCUUCCACGUCCCCUGCGACGGCGACAUGAACCAGAAGGCCCGCACCAUGCGCGAGCUGCUGGCCAUGUACCAGCGCCUGGUGGGACCCGUGCACAGCCUGUCCUCGCCCAUGGCCACGGCGACGUAGCGGCAGGAGGCACGGAGGAGGCCGAGGAGCAGGAGGCAGAGCGGGAGGUAGCCAGCGGCACCUUGGUUGGCGGCUUCAGCGGCUUACAGCUGACAGAGAUUGAGGUGGAUGGGGACAAGCAAGAGGGGUUGUGGUGUGUGUUGAAAAAGCACGAGGAGGAAGGGCCGACGCCACACGUGCAAGUGCGCCAGACGCCAUGCGUGCGAGAGGGAUGAGUAUGUCAGUAGGUGAGUGUGUCAGUGAGAGAAGAAAACACUGCUGGCACAACGCAUAUGUCCUUGAGAUUUUGUGCUGCAAGCCUGUCUCAUACUAGACUGGCGGAGGCGUUGUAGAAGAGUGACAAGAGUCGUGACCAAUUGUCAGACGGCAAUGAACGAGAGCACAAUCACAUGUUACAUUGCCGCAUACGUAUUUCAUGCAUAACACACAGCAUGACUAUCAAAGGACUCUCGGGCACUAUGUUUCAAGCCGGCGCCGCAGGUGGCUGAGGCGGGCCCACACAUUCUCAGAGGCUCGCGGCCUCAACCGGGGUGGGCAGGAAGCAAAUAAGCGGCUGCGGGCAGUUUGACCGGUUAGGCUUUUGCAUGUCUGAGAAGGUACAGGGUGCGCAGGCGGGAGAGCGAGUUGACGUGUCGGCUUGGCAGUGUGGCACGCACAAGUGAAUGGCAGGUGUGGUGGCCGUGGGUACAGACCAGGAACGCUUGGACAGUUGGACAUUGGGACAUCGGGGACACAUCGGGACAGGGGUCUUGGCUGGACGUGGCGUGCCCCCUGAGCACUAAAAACUCGUCGUUUUGUGUCGGUUGGCGGCUGUACUACCUUCAUUACAGCACAGCCCCACUCCGUGGGGGCACCAUGCUGCAUCGCACGAGCCUUGGGCAGGGCGUGGCUGGGAGUGUGAGCUAAAGACUGGGGCUGUGACGGCAGGUGAAGGCUAGCAGCUAGCGCGCAGAGGAAUAAACUUCAUACUUCAUGCUUAUGGCUCAGAAACUUGCGGGUUUCCCGCUCGGGAGUCCGU